GGCCGCGCGGUGGUUUCCGGCCGGGGCUGUUUGCAGCGGGCGCCGGCGGAAGCGGAAGUAGCGGCGGCGGGGCGGGCGGCCGGUGGCGGCGGCGGGAUGGAGGAGCCCGAGAUGCAGCUGAAGGUGAAGAAAGUUACGGACAAGUUCACAGAGAGCAUGUACGUCCUGGCCAACGAGCCGUCCGUGGCACUGUACCGGCUGCAGGAGCACGUGAGGAGAUCGCUCCCAGAGCUCGCACAGCACAAGUCUGACAUGCAGAGCUGGGAGGAGCAAAGCCAAGGAGCCAUCUACACCGUGGAGUACGCCUGCAGUGCCAUAAAGAACAUGACUGACAGCAGCGUGUAUUUCAAGAGCAUUGACAGUCUGCUCAAACACGCCAUAGCCAUGAAGGACCAGCUGAAUUCUGUGCAGGGCCGCAGUGCUGUUGCCCAACAAGCCAAGACUCCUCCAGCCAGUUCCUGAUUUCAGCCAAGACUGGCCAUGCUCUGCCUUGUCCUCAGCCCAGCUCCACGUUCUCCGACCGCCUGGAGGAGGGAGAAACCUGCUCAAUCUGUGAAACUGCACAGAUGCCUCUGCCUGCCUCUCCGUUUCCGAUGCCAAGGUGCUGUACCUGAGCAGGCAAAUCCUGCUGCUGAGGUCAGGCCUGCCUUUGGGGAUGUUUCAGGGAGCAGUUGUGUCCCUCUCUAGAGCACUUUGCAAAAGGGAGAUGAGAUUGUUCUGCAUUUGUCCUGCCCUCUUCUUUUUUUCAUGGCAGACUGCUAUGAGGCAUUUUUCUGUCUACCUCUUGGUUACAGAAACAUCUCAGAAAAACUAGGUCUUGCUUUCAGUAUUUUGUUGAGGACUAUGUAAAAAGACUUGAAGUAGGCACACUUCAGCCUUGUUCAGGAGGCAUUCUGCAAGGAGAGUUUUUCAUGUGUUUGCCAGAGAGUUGCUGAGUUUGGUUUUAGUGAGAACAAUAAUAAAAAGAAAAAACAAGAAA